AUGUCUUCCACAAUCGUAAUUAUUGGGGCCGGUUUCGCUGGUGUAUGGAGCGCCCUCUCAGCGAAGCGUCUCCUUAACCUCAACAAUCAAGGAGGGAUCAUCGACAUCAUCGUCAUAGCGCCUGAGCCAUAUUUGGUUAUGAGACCACGGCUCUAUGAGCCAAAUGCCUCUGGCUUCAAGCACCCUCUCGUGGCCCUUUUCGAAGCGGUCGGAGUACGAUUUAUCCAAGGUACCGCCGAAACCAUAGACACUCAGGCACACAUUGUCCACGUUAGGUACCCAGCGGGCGUCGAGUCUGCCGUACCUUUCGACCGUCUUAUACUUGCGGCUGGAAGCUCUGUGGUAAGGCCACAAAGUGUCGACGGACUUCAGCAGCACGCCUUCGACAUAGACUCGCUCGAGUCCGCCGCCAAGUUUGAAGCCCAUCUCGAGGGUCUCCCUUCCCGUCCGUCUAGUCUUGCUCGCAACACAAUUGUUGUUUGCGGUGCCGGAUUCACUGGCAUCGAGCUGGUAGCUGAGAUUCCAAAACGCCUCAAGCACUUGACAAAUCUGCGCAUCAUUCUGGUCGAGGGCGCAGACCAGAUCGGUCCCGAGCUGGGGCCGGGGCCUCGUCCGGUUAUCACCGAAGCCCUAGAAAGCCUCGCCAUCGAAGUCAGGCUUGGAUCUGCAGUUGCUGCUGUCGAUUCUGAGAGCGUGACCCUUAUAUCGGGGGAGCGCAUUGAAACGUUGACAGUCAUUUGGACCGCCGGUGUGCGCGCGACGCCCCUGACCCACCAGAUCCCUGGGGCCAAAGACAAGCUUUCACGUAUCCACGUCGACCAUCACCUCCGGUCAUUGUCAUCCGACCAUGUUUUCGUUACAGGAGAUGCGGCCUAUGCCUCGGCUGAUGAUAAGGGUCAUCAUGCCUUGAUGUCUUGCCAGCAUGCCCUUCAACUCGGCCGGGUAUCGGGAUACAACGCCGCUGCGGACCUUAUCAGCAAGCCUCUUCUGAAAUACUCCCAAGAGGCGUACAGAUGCUGCCUUGAUCUUGGAUCAUGGGGUGCGGUGGUUACUGGAGGUUGGGAGAGAAAGGUAGACAUGCAAGGGGAUUCGGCCAAGCGGGUGAAAGGCUACAUCAACCAGAAGCUUAUUUACCCUCCUUCUGAUGCUCAAGAAGCACUGGAAGCUGCGGACCCAGCAAGACCUGACUCUGACGAGUUGCUUAAGCAGGUCAUUACUGUUGUUGGCUGA